GUGUCGUUUUGCAGGGACAGCCUCCAUAAGAAGCGGAGUUGAGCACCAUACACAGCGUCUCCCCUCCCUCUCUCUCCCUCCUCUUACGCUCUCAGCGAAGCGCUCUUUUGUUAGGAUCGUAAUUCCCAACACUGAAGCAAUUCCGAACCCAAUGGCUCCCAUCAAGCCGCACUGGGUGCAGCCGUCGCACCCCGACGUUCAGGAGGUCAUCGUCAACGAGGCCGCUUUCACCACCAAGAGCAUCUCCAAGACUGCCCUCCCUCCCUUUGGUGUGUUCGCCAAACUAGAAUUCCCGCCGUGCACCAUCGCCCCCGAGGCCACGUACGCGACGGUCCAGAUGAGCCGUGACGGCCACUUCAACCUGAACAGCGAUCUGCUGUACAUUAACCACUCUUGCGAGCCGUCUCUGAUCUUCGACACGGCCAGCAUGAACGUCAUCGCCGGCCCCAAAGGACUGCAGCCCGGCGAUGAGCUGACGUUCUUCUACCCCUCCACCGAGUGGUACAUGGCCCAGCCCUUCGACUGCCUGUGCGGCACGCCCACCUGCCGCGGCCGCAUCGCCGGCGCGCGCGACAUGGCGCCGGCCCAGCUCGACGGCCUGUGGCUGAACGGGCACAUCCGCGCGCUGCUGGAGGAGCGCGACGCGGGCGGCGGCAAGGAGAAGCAGGGUCAUGGUGCCAACGGCAUCGACGGUGCUAACGGCAGCGUGUAUGACGCGGCCGCGGAUGCGUCUUCCCAGGCGUCUGCCGGGGCGCAGCGGCGUGGCCCGACGUCAAGGGAAUUGAGCGGCGAGAUGGGCGGGGAUACGUCGGUGCCCGUCUGAGGGACCUGCGUAUUGCUGCAGGCGGCUGUGGAUUUUCAACAAUGAUGCGGCUGGCUUGGCUUACGCAGAAAGGGGGGUUUCUUUUGUUUUGUUGGUAUUUGAUGUUCUUGUUUUGGUGCGAUUUACAAAAGUUAUCAACGCCUAUGAUCGAGGAGGGUGCGUUACGCCAAUACAAACCCC